AUGGGAGUCCAGGAGAACUAUAAGGACCUCUUGUCCCAAAGCAGGAGGCAGAGGAAAAACCACACUGGCAAACUUCAAGAGCUGGCACUGCUGCUACCUGUGGCCCCGAAGAUAGGUCCCAAAAAGCUCACCAAGAAGGAGAUUCUGCUGCACAUCCUGCACUACAUUCAGCACCUCCAGAGAAGCGCUGAUGUGACCAAGGCCCUGCUCAGACGCCACAUCUCCAGCGGGGAUGGUGGGCUUGGGGGGCUGUACUGGAGCCCAGCUUUGGGCCCGGUGAGGCGGAGACAUUCUACCCCAUCAAUCUCCCCAUUCUCUCAAAAGUCCCAUCUUUGGGGAGCCUGCCAGAAACCUUGGAAGAAGAAACAGCUGGUAGGGGCAUCAGAACAUCAGACUCAGGCCCAGAACCCUCAAUGCUGUCCGGCCCUGGACAAAUCCAAGAAGUGGGUGGCCCCAUGCCCAGGCCAGCAAGGAGGAAGUGUUGGGGGACCCACCACCCCUGCAAGAGGCCCCAACCCAUGCAGUCACCCCAAGGCUGUGUCAUCUGCCCCUCAGUGGGACAGAAAGGAAGGAAGAUCCUGGCUGGUGUUGCUGGAUACGGCUGAGGACAGCUGCUGUGGCAAACGGAGUGCCCAGGAUGUUGGGACCUACCAUGCCUUCCAGGUCCAGCAAGGGCCUGAGAGGAUCCGUUUUCUCAAUAGGACACAGACCUGUUCUAGGGCUCCAGAUCCCUGCCUCUUGAAUUCCACUUCUUGCAGGCAGAACCUGGUGUUCUACGAUUCCAGUGAGGAGGCAGACAAGGAGUCCCGGAAUUCUGACCCUUGGCUUCCUGCCUGGAUCCCAGAGGGCAGCCCCCAUGGGAGCCCACUGGCCUUGGAACCUCCCCAGAUUAGCAAUUGGAGUGUGACAGGCCACCCGAGUGAGAUCCUAGGAUUCAGCCCCACCCUCUUCAGCUCACCAGGAAAACUGCUGUCUGAAGAGAUCUUGGAGGAUGGCACUGAGUGCCUGACCCAAGCUCUCUUUGAGGAGGUGUUCUCAGAUCCUGCAUUGUCACCUUCUGCCUGCAUGCCCGAGGCACCACGGAAAAAGGAGACAUUUCCUGAGGCCCCCAGAGACCCUCCUGACUUCCACAGCCUGUGCCAGCCCUCUGUCUCACUAGACAACUUUUACCUCUCGCUGGAUAAGAACAUCGUGACACAAUCCAGCUUCGAGGACCCAGACACAGAGUUGGUGUGGAAUCAGCAGGAGAAUGCUCCAGCCAACCCCCAGGGCCUGCAGUCUUCCAGUGCUGAGGACAGAGACUACACGUGGACCACCACCCAGAGGAUCUCAGCACUGAGCACAGCUGGGAGAAAGGCCAGGAAGGGCCAGGGAGGCAGGGGCCCCAUGAAGCUCAAGGAGAACAUGAGAGCUCCCUGCCCAACCCAGAGGAAGAAAAAGUGUGUCAAUGGCUUCAUCAUGUUCUGCAGGAUGAACCGGAAGCAAUACAUUCGAGCCUCCCCUGGGACUCCGUCCACGGAUGCCACCAAGGAGCUGGCCCAACUCUGGCGGGGGAUGACCGUGCAGGAGCGGAGACCGUAUUGCAUCAAAGCUCGAAGGUUCAGCCUCCGGCACAACCGGAUUGUGAGGCAGGACAGCUCCAGCAGCGAAGAUGAGGACUGGGAAACCCCCAAGCCCUUCUACCAGUUGCUGGCUGAGAAGGCCCGCAGGUCCCCAAACGUGUCCUCCCGGCUGCCUCCUCACCAGGACUGAGGGUAACCCUGCCUCUCCCCUCCUCCCCCCACCCUUGCAGCUCUUGUUUGUGGGCCUCACCCCUGCUAGUGCAGGUCCCCUUGACCUGUUGGGACUGAUUUAUUGACCCUGAUGCUUUGUGUUUGUCCUGUACUCAGGCAGCUUGAACUCUGCCUGCCCUGGGGCAGCUGCCCUUCCCACAGCCCCAUUCUGCCCCGUGGCCAA